UUCUUUCUCUUGCACACUACUUUACGUAAGGAUUACAACUGUAUGCAGUAAUAAUAGCAAAACAGUUAUAAAAUAUAUAUAUAUACACGUAUACGUAUGUGUGUUUAGUUUUAUUAUUUUCUUAAAAAUUUAAAUAUGGCCACUACCUCGGUUGACGCAUUUUUAUAACCUUUUAUAUUAUCAAGAUAAUAAUUGACAGAACAAAAAAUUUUCGUAUUGUAAGAUUAUUAGAAGAUUAUUACUCGUUUAAUCAUCGAAUCAUUUUAGUAAACAAACGAAAAAACUAACUCAUUAAAAUGUCAGGCGACAAGUGUAGAAAUUGUGGUUCAAAUGAAAUUGAAACAGAUCCAGCUCGUGGAGAUGCUGUUUGUACAGCUUGUGGUUUUGUCCUGGAAGACCAGUUAAUUGUAAGUGAAACAACAUUCGAAGAAACAUCGUCAGGAAACAUGGUUGUCCUAGGACAAUUUGUAGCAAAUGAUAGUACUGGAGGUCCGACAGGUUUCGGCGGUGGUACUGCUGGUUUUCGUGUUAAUGGUAAAGAAUCUCGCGAAAUAACAAUUCAAAAUGCACGAAAUGGAAUAACACAUUUAUGCCAACAAUUACGGCUCAACAAUCGUUAUGUUGAGACUUCAGUUAACUUUUACAAAAUGGCAUUAGCACGAAAUUUAACUCGUGGUAGAAAACAUGCACACAAUCAUGCCGCUUGUGUUUACAUUACUUGCAGAACAGAGGGUACAGCUCAUAUGCUUAUCGAUAUUAGUGAUGUUUUACACAUAGAUGUUCACGAGUUAGGUCGAACUUACCUAAAAUUUACUCAAGCUCUCUGUAUUAAUAUUCCAUCAAUGGAUCCAUGUUUAUACAUUAUGAGGUUCGCCAAUAAAUUGGAAUUUGGCGAUAAAACACACCAAGUUUCUACUACAGCUCUUAGGCUAGUUCAAAGAAUGAAAAGAGAUAGUAUCCAUAGCGGCAGAAGACCAUCAGGUUUAUGUGGAGCUGCUUUGUUAAUUGCUGCUCGACUUCAUGAAUUUAAUCGUACUCCCGGUGAUAUCAUUAAAAUAGUUAAAGUUCAUGAAUCAACGUUGAGAAAACGUCUCAUUGAGUUUGGUGAUACUCCAUCAAGUGCUUUAACACUCGAUGAAUUUAUGACUGUUGAUCUUGAAGAGGAACAAGAUCCACCAGCAUUUAAAGCGGCUCGUAAAAAAGAUCGAGAACGCUUACAAAAAUUAGAGAAUAUUGACUCAGAAUUUGAUGAACUUCAAAGUGAAAUUGAUAGACAAUUGGACGAACAACAUAAAACGAUGCGGAAACGUAGUGCUAAUUCUACAUGUGACUACAGCUAUAAUGAAUUAAUAGAUCAAGAGGAAGCUGAAUCUGCUCGAUUUAUUGAAGAAAAUACGGUAGAUGCUAUCAGUAAUUGUUUAGAUAAUCCUUCCGCAAAAGAAGCUUCAGCUUAUUAUUUAAAAGCCAAAUCUGCUAGUAGACCUAUACAAGCUAUUGAACUAGGACCAGACAUUGAUUCUAUGGGUCUCCCAACAUCAAUCGAUGACAGUAAUCUAAAAAGUAAUAGAGACCACAAUAAUCAUAACAAAUUUGAUAAUGGUACUGGAGAAAUCGAUAUUACUGAUUUAGAUGAUGAUGAAUUGGAUGCAUAUAUAUUGUCAGAACAUGAAGCUAGUCGUAAAACAAAUUUAUGGAAUACCAUUAAUGCAUCUUAUUUAGAACAGCAAAAAGAGAAAGAAGAAAAACGAUUAAAGGAAAAAGAAGAAGGUAAACCAGAAAAAAAGAAGAGAAGAACAGGUACAAAGAAGAAGAAUCAAACACCUGCCAACAGUGCUGGAGAAGCUAUAGAAAAGAUGCUUCAAGAAAAAAGAAUAUCAUCAAAAAUUAAUUAUGAAGUAUUAAAAUCCCUUAACGUCAAUACAACAAAGAAUAAUUCACCAGGAAAAAUUCAGAAAUCAAUUGACAAAGUCAAUGAUAGUAAUCAACUGUCGGAAUCUUUCAAUUUCAAAAGUACUCAUCGAGCUGAAAAUAAAAAUGAAACCAAUGUUAGUUUACAAAAUAAUCAAACAAAAAUUGAAAAAAAUAUACCUAGUGCAAAGUUAAAAACAUUACACAGUGAAGAGAGUAAAAGAAAUAAACAGUAUUCAUUAAUUGAAGAAAAUAAAGGAUCAACGGAUGGACUAGUUCCAGAAGAGAAUAAACAUGAUAAUGAGGAAGAAGAAUAUGAAGAAGAAAAUGAUUAUGAUGAAGAGGAUCAUGAUGAAAUAGGUGAAAUGUCGUUAAGUCAAAUGUUAAAACGGCAUACUCAAGAAGAAAAUUAUGGUUAUGAUGAUUAUGGAGAUGAUGACUAUUAGGCUUUAAUAACGUUAUUCUAUAGUUAUUAUUAAUGAAUUCUUUUAUUUACUGUAUAUAAAUAUAUAGUUAAGAUUUGAGUUUUUUAAAACGGAAAUAUUAUUCUGAAGUUUUGCAUUGGGUUGAAAUGAAAGCACAUAGUAUUCUGUAAUAAUA